AUGGAUAGAAAAUCUGCUAGAAUAAAAGCAGAGUUGCAAAGAUAUGGUUGGAGAGUUUCGAAGAAGUUUAAAUAUAGGAAGGGAAAGCCAAUAAAAGUCUAUGACAAAUUGUCUGGUCUUCGCUACGAAAUGGACCUAGAAACAGCACGUGCAAAUUAUCCAAACAGACUAGAGAGGUUAGAAGAAGAACGUCUUAUGGACAUGCCUUUCGAUGUUAGUGAACCUCAAGUUGAAGGACACGACGGCUUUGCCAGAUUCUACUGGAAACAUGACGAACAAUUGCAUCCUUUGAGAAGGAAAAAAGGUAGUGCAGAGAAUGGUCAUGCUCCCAUGGAAAGAACAAGAUAUGCAUAUGAGAAGUAUCGUGAAGUUAGAAGUCAAAUUACAUCUGGUCGAACCUUUACAGUAAACUUUGACGAAGGAAAGAACAAAGAAGGCUUCAUGGGAGUACUUGCUGCCAUACAAGACGGAAAUAAGAAAGGAUACAAUCUCAGACUAACCGUAACAGAUUUAGAUGGUCACAUUUACUAUGCGCAUGGCAAUGAACAAACAGCCGCACAACUUCUUGACGCUUUCAAGACUACAAAGAGAGAACAAAUGGUUGACUCCGACUCAGACAUUUUGAAUGCAAUUGAAGGAAUUGCAAGUGUCAAGUUCGAAUGGUACCAACCUAACCCUCAAGCAGUCAGACAACAUGCUGGAUACUUCCCCUUCAUAAAUAAGUCUGACAUUGACUUGACAAGGUAUGGAAUUUACAAUUCAAUUGAAACAAUUGUCAAUGAACCUUGUAUUCUUACAUGUCUCAGGAACUCUGGUCUUGUUUCAGAAGAGAAGAUGAAGUAUCUUGAGUCAUGUGUGAAGACAAGGUACAUUCUCAGAG